AUGUUCUUGAGACCCUGGCCUUUCUCUCACCUUAUGUUCUGGUUUAAGUCUCCCGGAAGACAGCGAGGACACUAUGACCUUGCAUCAUUCAAUCUGCUGGGGUGCUUGUGCCUUCUGGCUCUCAUACCCCUCCCACAGCAGGUGUGGGCACCCCCACCCUGCAAGAUAGGUGUAUUGGGCUCUUGGGCUUGUGAUCAAUUGUUCUCAAAGACCCUGCCUGAGGUUGCUGCUCGAUCAACCACUGAAGGGAUCAACAGAGACCCAUCAUUUGAUCUGGGUUACUCUUUUGAAUAUGUGAUUCUCACUGAAGACUGCCAGACUUCCAGGGCCCUCUCAUCUUUCAUUUCUCACCACCAGAUGGCCUCAAUAUUAAUUGGACCUGUCAAUCCUGGCUACUGUGAGGCAAUAGCGCUUAUUGGAAACAGCUGGGACAAAGGGAUUUUCUCUCAGGCUUGUGUAAACUAUGAAUUAGACAAUAAAAUUAACUAUCCAACCUUUUCUCAGACACUCCCUUUUCCCAUCCGGGUGCUGGUAACUGUCAUGGAAUAUUUCCAGUGGGUUGCAGGAGUAAUUUCCUCAGAUGAAGACAUUUGGGUACACACAGCCAAUCAAGCAGCAAGUGCUUUUCGGAGCCAUAUCCUACCUGUAGGGGUCGUCCUGACCACAGGACAAGAUAGACAAAGCAUUUGGGAAGUUCUCCAGUAGAUUCGCCUGGUGGACAGAAUUCACAUAAUCAUCAUGUGUUUGUAUUCAGCCUUGAUUGAGGGAGAGACUCAGACACAUCCCUUGGAAUGGGUUAAUGAUCUGAAAAUGACUGAUGGAACCUGUAUCUUCGUUCCCUGUGAUGCCCUGCUCUACAGUUUACCUUAUAAGCAUACCCCCUACCAGGUCCUGAAGAACAACCCAAAACUCUGGGAAGUCUAUGAUGCUGUGUUGACCAUUACAGUGGAGUCCCAAGUAAAGACCUUCUAUCAAGCCUAUACAGAGGCAGCAGCUAGAGCCGAAAUUUCUGAGAAACUGGAGUCAGAUCAAGUUUCACCAUUGUUUAGAACCAUCCACAAUUCAAUUUACCUUAUUGCAUAAGCUAUGAAUAGUGCUAUGAAAGAAAAUGGACAGGCUAGUGCUGCCAGCCCACUUGAGCAUUCCAGAAACAUGCAGUUCUAUGGAUUCAACCAGUUAAUAAAGACAGAUUCAAAUGGAAAUGGAAUUUCAGAAUAUGUAAUCUUGGGCAUCAGUUGGAAAGAAUGGGAACUCCAUGGUACUUACACUGUGGACAUGGAAACAGAGCUGCUACAAUUCAGAGGGACUCCCAUUCACUUCCCUCGUGGCAGGCCCCCUCAAGCAGAUGCAAAAUGCUGGUUUGCAGAAGGGAAGAUCUACCAAGGAGGCAUUGACCCUGCCUUUGCUGUGAUGGUCUGCUUUGUUUUGCUUCUAGCUCUGCUAUCUAUUAAUGAAUUUGCUUACUUUAUAAGGAGUUGUAUAAAUAAAAUCCAGUAGAUCAAAGGACCCAACAGAAUUCUACUGACUUUAGAGGAUGUGAUAUUUAUUAACUCCCAUUUUGGCAACAAGAGAGGAAGUCAUGCCAGUAUAAGCUUUCAGAUCACCUCAGAGAUCCAAAGUGGAAAGUCUCCAGGGCUCUCCUUUUCUUCAGGGAGUCUAACUCCAGCUACCUAUGAAAACGCCAAUGCAGUGAUUUAUGAGGGUGAUUAUGUGUGACUGAAAAAGUCCCCCUCUGGAGAUUUUGGAGAUGUUAAGUACAUCAAAUCAAGUGCAAGUGAUAUGUUUGAAAUGAUAAAGAACCUGCAUCAUGAGGAUUUUAACCCUUUAUUGGGCUUCCUCUAUAAUUCAGGAAUGUUUGCCAUUGUGACAGAAUUCUGUUCCCGAAGGAGUCUAGAAGACAUACUGAUGAAGGAUAUGAAAUUAGUCUGGAUGUUUAAAUCAUCACUCCUGCUGGAUAUCAUCAAGGGCAUGAAUUACUUACACAACAGAGAGUUUGCUCAUGGGAAGCUGAAAUCUCGAAAGUGUGUGGUAGAUGGCCAUUUUGCACUGAAAAUGACAGAUUAUGGAUUUAGUGAUAUUGUGGAAAUGCUAAAACUCUCCCAAGAGAAACCUUCUGCUGAAGAGUUCUGGGCUGCCCCUGAGUUGCUGAAAGCGCCCAGGGGCUGUAGGUGAGGUUCUUCUGCAGGAGAUAUCUAUAGCUUUGCCAUCAUCAUUCAAGAAGUGAUAGUCCUGGGAACCCCAUUCUGCAUGACAAAUCUGCCUGCUGAAGAGAUCAUAGAUAGACUAAAGAAGCCUCCUCCUGUGUACAGACCAGUGGUUCCUCCUGAGCACACCCCUCCAGAAUGUCUCCAGCUGAUGAAGCAGUGCUGGCCUGAGGCUGCAGAACAACAACCAACUUUUGAUAACAUAUUUGACCAGGUAAGGACUGUCAAUGUUGGAAAAAAGACCAAUAUUGUUGAUUCUAUGUGGAUGUUGGAACAAUAUUCUAGCAGUUUGGAAGAUUUGGUCUGGGAGUGGGCUGAAGAGCUGGAAAUCGAAAAACAGAAAAUAAAAUUUCUAAUGCAGAUACUACCAUCAUUUGCUAAAUCCCUCAAAAAUGGCUGAACAGUCAAACCUGAAGGUUUUGACUUGGUCGCCUUCUACAUCAGCGACAUUGUGGACUUCACCACCAUCUCAGCCAUGAGUGAACCCAUUGAGGUGGUUGAUCUUCUCAAUGACCUGUACACACUCUUUGAUGCCAUCAUUGGCAGUCAUGAUAUCUACAAACUGCAUAGUACUCCAUUGUGUAUAUGUACCACCGCUUUUUUAUCUACUCCUACAAUUGGACAUUGGGGCUCUUAUCACAUUCAUGUCAGUCAUAGCACCAUGACAAUUUUUCAAGCUCUGAAGGUUAUGAAGUGCAGCUUCGAGAAAGGACAGAUCUCAAGGACCUUCUACAUGAUCCUGGACCUGAAGGAUGCCUUCUUCUCCCUGCCUUUAUCACCUUUGAGCCAACCCAUCUUCACCUUUGAAUGGACGGAUUCUGAGGGGGGAUUUUCUGGACAGUUGACAUGGACCCGCCUGCCACAAGGAUUUAAGAACUCCCCAACGCUGUUUGAUGAAGCUCUCAGCAGGGACCUCCUCAGCUUCUGA